CCGGGGAGUGCCGCGGGCUGAGGUGAGCGCGCGGCUCGCGGAGGGCCCGGCCUGUGACGUCACAGGGAGGCUUCCCUUCCUAGAACUCGGGGUGACGCCGCGGAGCGCUGCGACUCCGGAGGACGUCCGGCGUCCGUCCCUCGCGCGGCGGUUCAGAGCGGGUGAGGAGGUUUCAAAGAUAAUCAUCCUGGCUGAUGGCUGGACAGAGAUGCGCAUCAUUCAACUCCUGCAAAGAGCUGAAGAUGCAUAAUUGUAUUCAGAGCAGUUACACGUUUCGGUAUAGUAAAAUGGCACAUAGGAACCAACAGUAAUGCAGUUGAAGGAUGUAAAAUGAAAACAGUAUGCUCAAGUCAAGAAGAAAGUAAGGAAAAUAAAGUGAAGCUGUUUCUUAUCCUAAGUAUUCAUCAGAUCGUCUUGAAAUUUAACUAAAAACAUGACAGCUCUUUCUUCAGAGAACUGCUCUAUUCAGCACCUGUUACAUCAGUCGAAGCAGCCCCUAGAUGUUAACUAUCUGUUGUUCUUGAUCAUACUUGGGAAAGUAUUAUUAAACAUUCUCAUCCUAGGAAUGAAAAGGAAAGGUACCCGUUGGAGUUUUAUGGAGUAUUUCUGCUUUUCACUGGCAUUUGUUGAUCUCCUACUGUUGGUAAACAUUUCUAUACUGUCCUACUUCAAGGACUUUGUAGUUCUGGGUAUUAGGUUUACUAAAUACCACAUCUGUCUGCUCAUAGAAAUCAUUUCCUUCACUUAUGGCUUUUUGCAUUAUCCAGUCUGCUUAUUGGCUUGUAUAGAUUACUGGUUGAAUCUGUCUAGAGCCACCAGGCAUUCAUCUCAGAGGCAAAGGUUACUCUAUUUCUUGACAGUCAUUUUAACUUGGAUCUCAGUCCUUGCUUAUGUUCUGGGAGAUCCAGCCAUCUCAGCAAGCCUAAAGACACACAGGAUUUAUGUGCACCAGUGCCCCUCCUAUGUCAGCACUCAGAGUAACUGGCUGUCACUAUCUAUGCUAAUGGUUUUAUUUGUGGCCUUUCUGAUUUCAUGGCCAGAAGUUGUUGCCUUGAUACAAGCUAUCAGGAUAGCAUCCUAUAUGAACAAGGCCAUCCUCUAUUUUCCCUUCCCACUGCACUCUGGUUGCACUGUGAUCUCCAGGAAAACACUCUUGCCUAGGCUCAUCGUGUGUUUUCUUAGUACCUGGUUUCCCUUUGUAGCACUCCAGGUCCUCAUCCUCUCACUUAGAGUUCAGAUCCCAGCAUACAUAGAAAUGAACAUCCCCUGGCUGUACUUUGUCAAUAGUUUUCUUAUUGCUGCAGUUUAUUGGCUUAACUGCCACAAGCUUUAUUUAAGAGACAGCAUGUUACCUACGGAUCCUUUCAUCAACUGGAAAUGCUGCUUUGUUCCAGUACCUAGACUUAAGCAAGUGGAGAGGCCCAUAUCCAUAGUCAUCUGUUAGUAUGCUGCUGUGCUGGAAGUCCAGAAGUACCAAAACCAAUCUUACCAGCAGGACAAGUAACUGAAGCUCUUGUUCCCCUACCUUUUAUCAUUUCAGCACAGUCUGUCGGGUGGAUAUUAACUAGUUGUAAGGACACAUUAACAAAACAUAAUUUUUAUACCUACUCAGCAACAUUGUAUAAGUAUUUGGUAUUAUUAAUCUAAAAGUAAAAUAAAUGCAUUAACAUGUG